AACCCCUUGACUAAAGCGUCCUACCACGGAGUUUAUGGUGACGCUCGUGGACUUGAUGAUAUUAUUUACGCCAUGAGACAUCAGGUCUCAUAAAUUGACUACCCUGUUAAUUGCUCACUACCAGCAAGGAGGUGAGAUCAUGGCCCCGCCACGCCAGCCGCUCUUCACUGCAUCGCGUCUUCAAUCAGCUACCUAUCUGCUGGGCGUCUGCCCUUUCUCCAUCGCGUUUCUGGUAUUUCUCAAUUCCUCGGUCUCUUUCGUUGUCUCAGAUGUUAUCGGGCUCGAGAGCGGCGAGGGCGAUGCCAUCGGGACGUUGGGAUUCGCCGAUGAGUUGCUAGCUUUGGUGGCAUGCCCAGUAUGGGGUUUGCUCUCUGACAAGAUAGGCGUGCGAUAUGUAUGCACCGCUGGUUAUGCGAUAAUCGCUUUAUCCUUGGUCCUCUUCGUCCAAGCCUCCAACGUCUACCCGCAACUCCUCCUUGGCCGACUGCUGUUCAGCCUCGGUGGAUCGGCUGUUUCGACAAUGGUGACAGCUGUAUUGCCUACAGUAACCGAGAGCAAUAAUAAAUCAAACCAGCAGCGACGGUCACAUCACAUAUGGAGAGCAUCCUUAUCGUCUGAAGUGACAAUAACCCCAUCCCGGUUUGAACGACGUCUGUCGAGACAGGCAGAAGCUGAGCAGACUGCUUCUUCAUCUUCCAGACUCGCGGGGUUUGUUGGAAUGUUUGCAGGAUGCGGUGCGUUGAUUGCACUUGCCGUCUUUCUACCCCUUCCAGCACGCUUUGAAAAGUACGGCUCUUCACCUGCAGAUGCGGUCAAACAAAGCUAUUACAUCGUUUCGUUGGUUGCUUUAAUUAUUUCCAUUGUUUGUUUCUUUGGGUUGCGAAAUUUACCUGGAGAGCAAGGGAAGCAUCUACGAUCGCUAUGGACGCCUCCCUCAGAAGCCGUCGAGAGCAACGGUUCUCAGCCAAGCUCUUCUGUCAAUCAUCUUAACCUCCUUUACGCAUUUUCUCUCAGCUUCAAACAACCUGAUAUUCUUCUCGGAUAUGUAGGCGGUUUUGUAGCUCGAGCAUCAUCCGUUGGAAUUUCCCUUUUCAUCCCAUUAUUUGUCAACCAUUACUAUCGGAAUUCAGACCUGUGCAGUAAUCCCGGGUCUGAUGUCAUUUCCAGGCGCGAUCUUGGAGAUAUCAAGAAGUCUUGUCCGGAGGCCUAUAUUCUUGCCUCCAUUCUUACCGGCGUGUCACAGCUAAUUGCUCUGCUCUGUGCACCAGCGUUCGGCUACCUUUCUGAAAAGUCCCGACGUAGUAAUUUCCCGCUUCUCUUUGCUACUAUCGCCGGUAUUACUGGCUAUGUUGCUUUCCCUCUCCUCCCAAGUCCUCAAUUCAAAGGACCGAAUGGAAACGGUGGGGUGUUCCUUAUAAUGAGUCUUAUUGGAAUCAGUCAAAUUGGAGCCAUUGUCUGCAGUCUAGGCAUACUCAGCAACGGUGUCCUAAGCAUCAACCCUCAGCCCAGUCAUGAAAGGCCAUCGCUACAAGUACCCAAUCCAAGCGAAGACGAAACCCACAGUGCUCCCCAGGGUGAGCACGAGCCCCUUCUUUCCAAGCCUGGUAGCUCACUUGCUACCAACAAUUUAAAUCAUCUGAAAGGCGCGAUUGCCGGCAUAUAUUCGCUCUACGGAGGAGCCGGUAUCCUCAUAUUGACGAAGCUAGGUGGGUUACUAUUUGACGUGCUUUCUUCAGGAAGUCCUUUUUAUAUCAUGGCUAUUUUCAACGGGAUGUUGUUGGUUUCUGGUAUUGCAUGUGGUUUGUGGCGUUAUCAACGAAUGUCAGCAUAAAGUUGUUAGCAAUUGUGUCAUUUUGAUAUCUACCUAGGUAUAUCAUUACCAAAUUGGAGAGUGCAUUUAUCUCGUUAUGAGUCAACAGAGUAUGUGCAAAAAUAGUAUCUCUAUUACCGGACAUUUGUACAUAUGUACAGCCUAUGCUCUUUAUAACCAUUCCCUUCUUUCCUUUUUUUGGCACCGCUCAACUUCGCUUAUAUAAUAUUUCCGCACAGCGAGUAACUAUACCUAAC